AUGACAGUUGACAGUUUGCCGGACACAAUUGACCUGAUAUCUGAUGAUAGUACGGAGAUCGAUGGCAGUGGUGAAACGUCUGACAUCUGUGCUAGGAACGAUGAAAUAUCGGAAGCCGUUUAUCAUUUAGAAAAGGAUUCAAACAAGCACCAACGACAUUUGACCAGGCAAAAAAAUGGUUUUAAUAUGUUCUUGUCCGGCUACCUUAACGAUGCGAGUGAAGAGACCUGGGGCCAGCCGAGUUUCUUAGUUAACAACGGACACUGGUCAUCAAACGACUUUCCGUCAAACUCUGACAAUAGCUAUUUGCGUGAUGAUAUCACGUUUACUGAUUCAAAUUCGAAUAUACACCGACUUCACGAAAAGCGUUCACGAUUGUCAGAGUCCCUUCCGGUGUCAGAAUCUUGGAGAGACAAUUUUGAGGGGCGUGGUCCUAAUAUUUGCAGUCCAUAUCAGCGGUCAGCAACUACUUCAUCAGCUCCAUUUGAGAGGGCUUACUCCCAGAACUUACCAGGAGCCCGUGGGGGAAACACGGCGCUGGAAAGUUUCGGCAAUCAAGAAGACACUCUUAGCCUUCUGGCCCAGAGCGGUUGUGUGAAACUAGAUGAUUCCGCAAUGUUCGCAUCCACUCCUGGGGACACGUCUGGUAGCAGUCUGAUCUUUGUCGUAAAAUACAUUCUUCUGUGUAUCUUCAGCCUUCACUACCAACGUCGUAUAAAUGAAAAUGUUGAUAAUGACGCCUUUGAGGAGGCUUAA